AUGUCCCAGGUCCCAUCGAGCAAGCUCGGGAACCAGGAGCCUACAUAUGGGUCUUCGACUCCCGAGUCAAGCAGGUGGUUUCGCCAGCGCAUGCGCCGACCCCGACAGCCUUCGACUCCGCCUGCUAUUCAACCGGAAUUGGCCUCUGGUGAUGUCUUCCUUGCGACUCAGCGCCGGACUGUGUCUACUCCAUUGGAAGCCAACUAUUUAAAUGGCGGUAUGCCUUCGCUGCUCGCCGUUUCUUUGGCCGACUCGACCCUGCAAGGAAACCAGUCGCCACGUGCGUCUCCCUCGGUGCAGCGCCGCGCCUCCAUUUCUGGCACACCUUCGCCAUUGCGACAGCCGUUGAUUGUACGCCGUGCAAGUGUACAAAUUGCGCGUGGAUCGCCGAGGGACAAUGAAUUAGGAACUCGAACGACGCCACACAAAUCCGUAGACUCUCGAACUGCAGCAGCCUCUUCCAUGGGUGUCCCCCGUCACGAUUUGCGUCUCCCUCUUUCGGCUGGCCCCACAGGCCGGACCAGCAUUGACACCAGAUACAAUACCCCGCCUCAGUCACCACCCGACAUUACGCCCUACACGCCCAGUCCUUUGGCUGAGCAACCGUCACAGACGUCAGACUCGCUACAGCGCAUGAAUACGAGCUUAGGCACUUCAGGGACUUUACCAGCCUCAAUGGAAGAGCCCUUGUCAGAUAUGCGCAGUUUGAAUGUCUCGUACAACUUGGCCAGGGAAAGUGCAACGGAGCGCCUGUCGCCUUCUUCCGCUUUCGGACCGUCGCACAGCACGCCCUCACCCGUCCUUAAGCGACGCACGACCCUCAUGUCACCCCUAGCCACGCUGGGCACUCCUUCGCUGUCGAACAAUCUUGCCAGUGCACGCGAUGGGAAGGCUGUGCCCAACUCCGUCAUGGACUCAGAUUCCAGUCACGUUGCUCCGCUCAUGAUUCGCACAGAUUUUGAUGACUUCCAUUGGGAAACGUUCGAUGCGCUGCCUACCUCGCCACUUCAAGAGACUCACCAGCCAGUGCUGUCGCCUCCUCAAGCUGUGGAUCUCGCACGCACAGGCAGGGGAUUUAUUGGCAUCGUCACUUCUGAAGAUGACGUUCCAUCUCAGGUUCAGCCUAUUACUACGCACUUGACAAUCAAGCAGUGCCCACUUUCGAGCUAUGCCUGCCUCGCGACGCCUUAUUCGCUGGUGGUUCUAGAUCUAGCGGGAUGCGGUCUCCAUGCGGUGCCCCGUGAGCUGGCCCAUUGCCAUGCGCUAGAGGAGCUGAAUAUCUCAAAUAACCCAUUAGGGGAUUCAGCCUCCGAUGCACCCUUUGCGCCGUUGCUGCAAAUACCACGUCUACGCGUGUUGCUGGCAGACGACUGCGGCCUGACAAUGAUCCCCGUCGAGAUCCUAUCGCUAACACAGCUUCAAAUUUUGGGUCUGCGUCGUAAUCAACUGGCCCACAUACCUUCCUGGCUGAGUCGCUUGGACUAUUUGCAGGUGUUGCUGAUUGAGGGCAAUACUAAUUGGACGGCCCCAUGGCGCUCUAUACUUACACCCCUACUGGAAAUGGAGCAUUCUCUAGACCGCGAGUCAACUGAGCUGGCGCCACAGGCAUCGGGUAAAUUUGGGGUGACAGGUGGUGAGCCACGACGGCCCGGAAGCUCGCCGGGUUUAUUCCAGCGGCUCCGCAAUGGUACGGCACGUGUGAUGUCAAACUCUGAACGUUCGUCUAAGUGGUUUCGCAGCAAGGAAUCGACAGCACCCGCCGAGACGGCGCGCAACGCCUCGAAGCCUAGUCCUCCUAGCGCCAAUCUGCGCAGCCUCAUGGUUCCACUUAGCGCGCCCAGCCAAACAACCGUUCUCCCAAUGCCGUCGCUGGGGGAGAAAAACGAAGAGCUACCGUUUCCGUCUUUCUUUUUGCCUAUCUACAACAACGAGGAUGGCGAUGCGGCGGUUCGCUGGUUGAAGAAGUAUGGGGUAUUGCACGUGCACCAAUUGCUGGAAUAUCUUCGUGACAUGGAUGAUUUGCGACCCGAGCAGCACCGCGAAACGAUACCGGUCUCCUUGCCGGUGAGCAGUAGUGCAUUGGGAAGUCCUGGUAUCUCGUAUUCGGCCAUCUCCUCUAUUGCUGGCAGUGAUUCUACACCACUCGAUACACCUGGCGAAGUGGCUCUUCGAGGUGGUAUUUUAGAAGAAGCUGGUGCGAAUACUUUUGCCUCGCCAAGUACAGGUACCUCUACUACGGCUGGGAGCACAGAUGUGAAAGAAAAUGCCAUCAAGCGUGGCUUGGUACUCAAUGAAGUUAUUGAGACGGAAAGGACUUAUGUUGCGGGACUGUCUGAGCUGAUGGAUAUCUACGUACAAGGUGCACGACAACCUCUGGAUUCUGGGACAGAUGAGCGUGUCAUGUCUGUGCCGAUGGAGCGCCUCGUAUUUGGCCAUGUCGAAGGCAUUGUGCAUUUCCACCGCGAUGCUUUCCUUCCCUCGCUUGAACAAGCGACUUAUCGCCUUAAGAUGUUGACUGAUCCUAAUUCAGAGGCGUAUCCGGCUAUAACGGCACAGAUUGCUGCUGAUGUGGCGAACGUGUUUUCGGAACACGCGGCCUACUUCAAAAUGUAUAUGAACUAUGUCAACCAGUACGAAACUGCGGUUUCCUCUAUUGCCAAGUGGUCGGAACCGUCGACCAUGCGCAGCCGACCGACUAUGAAAACCUCGAGUUCAUCGCUGACCAAUAGAGCUCAGCGACUUUUGCUGUCUGACUCGCCAGUGGAAGAGCGUGGCUCCGAUGAUAUUAUUCUCUCUGCGAGCGAACAACGGCGCUUCCAAUCCUACAUGCGGCGAUGCCGUCGGGACCCUCGACACAGUCAAAUCAGUCUGGAAGGAUAUUUGCUUUUGCCCAUCCAGCGCAUUCCCCGGUAUCGCAUGAUGUUGGACCAGUUGAUUAAGUGCACGUCCAGUGAUAUGCUGCCAGAUACUGACCGUGAGUCGCUUGCACGGGCAUUUGCCCACAUAUCGCUAGUCGCAUCGUGGGUGAAUGAGGGCAAGCGCCAAUCGGAGCAGGGUCGACGCCUGUUGCAAUGGCAGAUGAAGCUCCGUGGAAACUUUUCCGCACCGCUGGUACAGCCACAUCGCCGCUUAGUGUGUGAUGGGCCACUGCGCUUAUGCCGCGUCAACAAGCUCCUGGGUCGGCCGACUCAUUUGUUUCCUGAAGACGAUGUCUUGGAGCAAAGCAAUAUGUUUUUGCCCGUCCAUCUGCUUCUCUGCAAUGACCUGGCAGUCGUCGUAUCAGACUUGGCCGCGAGCGAAUCCCCAGCCACUCCUGUAUCCCCCUUGAAUCCAUCCGAUCCGGAUUCUGUGGACCUGAUCGCUGUGCUCAAGCCACAAGUCCGCAUGGUCCAGCAAAAGGGCAAAAACCGUCUAUUGCCGCCUGCAUCAGUGACAGGAGAAGUCAUGUCUUCGCCAAAGCAUCAACGCUCAGAUUCGUUUGGUGAAUUUGUAUCAGCAGGGUCCAGCGAUGUGAAUACUCCAGCUGUGCCGCCUGAAGGGGAACAUGACAUUCUCGAUUUGCGUGACAUUGAGAAAAAGCUGGACGAAAAACGAAACCAGCAGAUUGCUGAGGCUAUGGCGGCAGAACCUGCCAUGGCAACAACAUCUGAGCCCGUGUCACUGAUUGAUGAGCCACUUGUAGAAGAACCUGCUACGGUGCCCACUGACACUAGGCCACCGCCCUCCGCUUCGCUGCCAUCGACCUCCCGCUGGACCGGGUCGCUUUGGCACAAGCUUUCUGCUAUCAGUUCAUUUGGUGAGCAAAAGCAUCGCCCUCCUCAUCCCCAUCGGCGUCCGUCCGUUGUACGGCAUCGGUCAUCUACGCUACCAAUAUCUGGUGCGCCAGGCUUUGACCCGGACUCGUCUCUUCACUGGAAUCGCGGUCAGUGGUCGCUUAGCGCGCAGGCAGAGCAAGAAAGAGAGAAGCAGCCGAUCCCUGUGGCUUUACAUGGCCGACGAGAGGAUACUGACAUGGUCGUCGAGCCGUGGCAUGCUGCACGCGUGCAGGCACUGCUACCGCGCCGUCUUCGCCUGGGCAAGAGCUGGUCAUUGCUCUACUCACUGGACCAGCAUGGGGCAAGUCUUGCUACCCUUUAUAACCGGGUCGGACGAACGCUUGAUCCGCAACAUCGGCGUGCAGCACCUUCCGAGGCAUGGCUCCGUGGCUCUUCUACGGCUGCGCAGUCGGCUGUGAUGGGAUCCAGCUCUUCAGAGGCUUUUCACGUCGGGGGUGGUGUGGAUCUGAGCGAUGCUGGUAUCGUACUCGCAAUACGUGAUACAAACAACAAUGUUUUCGGUGCAUUUGUCAACGAGCCUCUGCGUAUCUGUUCUCACUAUUAUGGGAAUGGUGAAUGCUUCCUGUGGAAAACAGUACAGCGCCGACUUCCCGCCCCACCGAGCGCAACGGAUGGCGACGCCAGCAAAUAUGACGACCUACAUCCUGACCUUGCCAUCGAGGUGUUCCGCUGGACGGGAAAAAAUGAUUACAUGGUAUUGUCGGAGUCUGAUUAUUUGUCCGUUGGUGGUGGUGAGGGGCGAUAUGGUCUCUGGGUAGACGAAAAGCUCGACAAGGGUCUCUCGUCCAAAUGCCCUGCCUUUCUUAACGAAGUUCUAUGCAAUGCACAGGAAAGCUCUGCAAUGCAUGCCGGAGAUAUCGGGCCUAAGGCACCUAUGGACCUGAUUUCAAAUGACUUGGACGAACAACCAAAGGCACUCGAGACGGAGAAAUUCCGUUGUCUCGGUGUCGAGGUGUGGGCGGUAGGAUUAGAUUAA